GAAGUGGGUUCCUGACAAUGUUGCAAAGAACUUUAAUCUGGAUUUUCUUUUGCAAAAAUUUAUUUUAACACAUCGAAUCAAAGAUGGUGUGCGACAGCCUACUCUUCAUAUUUCUCACUGGCCUAAUGGCUCAUGACCUAUCGCUUGCCAAAGAGGCGUAUGGAAAUGCAGAUCCAUUCAACAUUCCUGAAAAGGAUAGAAGCGCCUUCAAGUUGGUUUUGAACUGGACAACACCAGAUGUCUCAGCAUUUGCAGGAGGUAGAAGACCUGGGUCUGCCACUGAAAACCAUCGUUGUCAUCAGAUAACGGCUGUGCCAAGACAUCUGACCUUUAUUACCAGGUACAACCACUAUCGAAAGUACACUCAUGCCUACGGUAUUCCAAUAGUGAGCACCAGCGCCGUGCCCGAUGCUGCUUUGAAGCGUGCUUGCUACGUUGUUCGCUUUCUUAUGGCUGACCGCAGGGUUUUGCGGAGAUAUUUGUACACAUACUACGGGCGUGUUGGUAUAAUGGGUGCGAGAGAAGGUGCAACAUCAAUUCCUGAACAUAGGCAUUUGGGCAGGUGGUGGGACACUCGAUCAAGAGGACUUGGUGGUACACUGCACAUUCCGAUCUCAACUGGCGCUGAAGAAAAUCUCCUUUGUUACACGAGUGAUCGCUACAGAGUCGAAGAUAUAUUUCUUCACGAGUUUUCCCAUGGAAUACAGGAAAUAUCAAUAAAAGGAGGUGGAAUACCUAGUUACAUGAGGAGAUUGCAUGCAGCAUACAACAGUGCAAAGAGAAGGGGGCUGUGGAGAGGCACAUAUGCAAUAAACACCGUUCAAGAGUACUUUGGAGAAGGAGUGCAAAGUUUUUUCGAUGUGAAUGCCUAUUCAGCCAGGCCAAAUGGAGUCCACAACCAUGUCAACACCAGGGCCAAAUUAAGGUCGUACGACCCAACUUUAUUUCGACUGCUAAAGGAAGUUUUCCCCUGCAUGAACAUCUAUCACAAGCGAUGUAAUAAAGGACAACCAGGGUCAUUUAGAAUGAACUGCGAUGGAGAUGGCACUCCCGUAACAAAAAGACCCGUUCGGCCUGUGACGAGACCCAAGCCAAAGACAAAACCAAAACCACGUCCGACAACAGAACCGAUAAUGCCUCCUAUACCAACCGAAGAACCAGCUUGUGAAGAUAAAAGUCAAUACUGCAAACGUGGAUGGCAGAAAUACUGCUUGAAUAAAAAGUACAGAAAGUCUAUGAAGAAGCUUUGCUUUAACACAUGCUGCUGCGAGCAGACAGACAGUAACAAGAAUUGCCCGGUUUGGGCAAAGGCGGGGUACUGUACAUCUAACUCCGGGUACAUGCAUAGAUUUUGCAAGAAGAGUUGUGCAUGUAUUUAAGUUGCAAGAAACCUUGAAGGAAGUUAUACUAUAACCAUAUCUAUUUUUAUUAUUUCUACAGUCAUUAAUCUUUUUUAUAUUAGAAAAUCUGGGUUUUGAAAACAUUAAUGCUUA